AGUUGACAACACUCUUGAAACCGUAUGGAGAUCUGUAAAUUGUGAACAUUUACAUUCAAGAUCAGAAGUGUAUCUAAGGAUUGAAAAGAAAAUCAGAAGUUGGCAUAUAGACAGACUUUACUGCCAAAAUGAGAAGACUGUUAUUUCUGGUAUUUCUGGGACUUAGCUGCUUAUCUGGAAUUAUUUGUCCACCUGUGCAAACACAGCCAGAGGAAGGAGGAAGUGAAAAUGAUGAUGAACACACAGGUUUAGAAUAUGAUCGUUACCUGAAGGAGAUCAUUAUGGCACUAGAGGAAGAUCCCAAUUUUAGAAAAAAGUUGGAGGAGGCAAAUGUUACUGAAAUAAAGAAUGGAAAAAUUGCGACUCAUCUCAACAUGGUGGCACACAACAUAAGAGAAAGACUCGAUGAAAUAAAGAGAAGGGAAAUCAGCCGAUUAAAAACAUUGGCUCGCGAAAAGAUGAAGACUAUGCAUGGUACGCAAAUAUUGAAAUAUAUUGCUCAAUUCGGAGGAAUCCAAAAGAUGGAUGCUUCAGCUCACCAUGUUGAUACAGAUAACCAGCAUUCUUUUGAAGUGUCUGAUCUAGAAAAACUUAUAUUAAAGGCUACCAAAGACUUGGAAGCCAUUGAUAAACAGCGAAGAGAAGAGUUCAAAACUUAUGAAAUGGCAAAAGAACAUGAGCGACAAGAAAAAUUACAUAAUAUGACGGAAGAGGAACGGAAAAAGGAAGAAGAACACUAUGAAGAAAUGCAGAAAAAGCAUAAAGACCACCCAAAACUUCACCACCCUGGAAGUAAAAAACAACUGGAGGAUGUAUGGGAGAAUACUGACCAUCUCGACCCUGACUCAUUUGAACCAAGGACUUUCUUUAAAUUCCACGAUAUUGAUGGAAACGGUUUCUUGGAUGAAGAUGAGGUGGAAGCGCUCUUCCAGAAGGAGCUUGAUCGUGUGUAUGAUGAAAAUGCACCCGAGGAUGACAUGAACGAAAGGUUUGAGGAGAUGGCACGAAUGCGGGAACAUGUUGUCAAUGAAAUUGAUUCUAACAAGGACAAGUUGGUGUCCCUUGACGAGUUCCUGACUUACACCCAUGGCGAGGACUUCAAAAAGGAUGAGGGAUGGGAGACGUUAGAUGAACAAGACCCAUAUACUGAUGAAGAAUUCCAGGAGUAUGAGAAGAUGCUUAGAGAAGAGGAGGAGUUGAGGAGGAGACAGGGAUCCUUUGAUGGACAUGCUCAGCCUGGAGUUGUGAUGCAUCCACCACAACACCCCAAUGUUCAGGAAAUGGAGAUGCCACAACAGGUUCAGCAUCUACAACAACAGCAACACAUUCAAGGAAUGCCACAACAGGGUAUACCACAACAACAUAUUCAAGGAAUGCCACAACAGGGUAUACCACAACAACACAUUCAAGGGAUGCCACAACAGGGAAUGCCACAGCAACACAUUCAAGGAAUGCCACAGCAGGUUCAGCAUCUACAACAACAACAACACAUUCAAGGAAUGCCACAGCAGGGAAUGCCACAGCAGGGAAUGCCACAGCAGGUUGAGCAUCUACAACAACAGCAACACAUGCAAGGAAUGCCACAGCAGGGAAUGCCACAGCAACAACAACAACAGCAGCAGCAACAACCAGUCCAGGGAUUGCCACAGCAGGUAGCUGCACAUAUGGAGGCAUCAAAACAAGCACAACAGGGUUUACCAGCUGAUGUAGGUAAAGCCAUUGAUAAUUUUCAACAACAAGCCAACAUAAUGAUGAACCAAGCACAACAACAGGCAAACCAGUUUCAGGGAAAGAAGGAACAUGAACAGCAAGCACAAGCAGCUGCUGGUGGACAACCUGUAGUGGGGGCAGGUCAGGCACCUGUACAGACUCACCAGGCUGGACAGCAAGCUCAAGCAGGACAGCAAGCUCAAGCAGGACAGCAAGCACAAGCAGGACAGCAAGCACAAGCAGGACAACCUGUUCAGGCCCAGCCCAAACACUGAUCAGUGUUAAGGGAGUACGCAGAUGACUGAUCUAUUCUCUCUCAUCCUUUUUUUUUUUUUUCUGCAUUUGACUCCUUUUUUUUUUCUUUUUUACUUAGAUGUAAAAUAACUUUUUUUUUUAAAUGUCAAAUUGCAUGACUUAUUUUUCUUUAAAAGGAAAUGUCCAUUCUAACAAGAUUGGUGGAUUUAAGUGUUAAUUUUAAGAAUAUUAGUGUUUGGAUAUAUAUGACUUGUACUAGCAGACCUAGGAUCAUGAGACAAUUAGACAAAAAAAGUGGACAAAGCUAUUUGUUUUGAGAUUUAUCAAGAUACAAUGGAAUGAUUGAAGUGUGCCAUCAUAUGGACAUACGUCACAUCAGAGCUGAUCAUACGAGUCUUUAAUAAACACUGAUCAAGAGUACAGGUCAUGAAAGCCCUUAAUAUUUCAUGUGAUUUCAUGAAAAGACCUGCUUUGAUGUUAGUGUACUGAUUACAAUAUAUUGCAAUACAGAAUGAUGAAAGAUUUCUAAAUAUGGUAUCAAGUGCAUGUGUGCUAGAUGAUGAUGUCACAAACCCAUUCUAGUUGUAUUCAACUUUGUAAAUGGUGUCAAGACCUAAUUAGUAGUUUAAAGACUUCUAAGUCCAGUGUUCUAGUUUGAUAUAUCGUGAAACAAUUAUUGUUGUAUUACUUUUGUAGAUGUUUUUCAUAAAUAGUCGAACAUCAGUGAAGGGCCAAAGACAAACUGAUCUAGCAAACAAAAUCACAUCUGUAUACCUAUGGUUUCUUAUGUGUUAAUAGGAACAAUAGAUCUUAGGGUUACAGUUUGCUGUGGAGUAUGUAGGUUUUAAGUAUUACUAAACUAGAGAAUAUAGGGUUUAAGUAUUACUUAACUAGAGAAUAUAGGAUUUAAAUAUUACUUUACUUGAGAAUGUAAGGUUUAAGUAUUACUUUACUUGAGAGUGUAGAGUUUAAAUAUUACUUUACUUGAGAAUGUAGGAUUUAAAUAUUACUUUACUUGAGAAUGUAAGGUUUAAGUAUUACUUUACUCGAGAAUGUAAGGUUUAAGUAUUACUUUACUUGAGAAUGUAAGAUUUAAAUAUUACUUUACUUGAGAAUGUAAGGUUUAAGUGUUACUUUACUUGAGAAUGUAAGAUUUAAGUGUUACUUUACUUGAGAAUGUAAGAUUUAAGUGUUACUUUACUUGAGAAUGUAAGGUUUAAGUAUUACUUUACUUGAGAAUGUAAGAUUUAAAUAUUACUUUACUUGAGAAUGUAAGGUUUAAGUAUUACUUUACUUGAGAAUGUAAGGUUUAAGUAUUACUUUACUUGAGAAUGUAAGAUUUAAAUAUUACUUUACUUGAGAAUGUAAGGUUUAAAUAUUACUUUACUUGAGAAUGUAAGAUUUAAGUGUUACUUUACUUGAGAAUGUAAGGUUUAAGUGUUACUUUACUUAUGAAUGUAAGGUUUAAGUAUUACUUUACUUGAGAAUUUACGAUUUAAAUAUUAC